AUGAUGCGCCCGCGCGACCCUCGCAUCCGCCAGCGGAUCAACCAGAUCUCCCAUAACCUCGAAUCGGCCAACGAGACCGCCCAGGAAGGUCUCUACACCUUUUCACAUAAUUACAUCUCCCCAUGCUUUGCUUCUCUCGGCAACUGCAUCUACGCAUGUACCGCGCCCUGUCUCCCGACUAGAGAAGACCACCUACGACGGCGACGGCGCGGCCCUGCCGAGGCUGUAUUUGACUUCUACGACGAUUGGGACAAUGAAGAUGCGGAUGAUACUUUGCUUGGUUGGGGAGCGGGAGAACUCGAUCGUCUCUUGGCGGGAAGUGGAUUGACACAGGGCACUGCAGAGCAGCCACGCCGGCCGCGGAAAAUGAGCUAUGGCACACGCAAUCCCAGGCGGAGAAGCACAGUGCAUAUUCCAGAUAACCGCACAGACCCGACCAUUAUUCCCAGCUCGUCAUUACUCGGCUUCCUUGAACGUUUUCCAUGGAGAUUUGGCGCGCGCGGUGUAAAGUACCGUCCCUCAGCGGCCGAUCUACAGGAGCAGCCGUCAGGUUUGCAUCGCUUCGCACAGGAAGAGGAGCCUUUGAUGGAGGCUGCAGAUGAAGAUCUCAUCCGGCCCACUAAUAGUCCUAAUGGAAGGAAUCGGAGUGCAACUCAGUCUUCGCUCGGGACGACAAACUCACUUAGCUCACGCGGCGAUUUGUUCCCCAGCGACGAGGAAGAAGACGCAGUACCACUAGAUGACGAAUUCGCAUUUGUGCUUGGACAUCGAGGUACCGGUUUAGAAGACGAUGAUCAGUCCGGGACGAAAUCAGAGAUGACAAAAUCCCCCUCGGGCACGUCCAGCUUAACGGGGACGUCCUCCAAGAAGAAGGCAAAGCGGAAGAAGAAGAAGGGGUCUACUAAAUCACCAGCAUCAGAUGUGCCAGUCGUGGAGGGGCUUGAUACCCCUUCUAUGGCAGAUUUGAAAUUAGAAGAACAGCACGCUGCUUUGGAAGAAGAAUCAGCAAUCCAAAAGAGACGGGCUGUCGCGCACGAGCUGGCUUUGAGCCGCGGCCUUGAAGAUGAAGUCGAUCCUCAUUCGGUCACUUCUGAUCAACCCACCCGGCCGUCCACUGGAUCCUCACCUUUGCUCAGCCCGACCGUGGAAAGACCAACUCAUGCCAGGCAAUCCAGUGAUUCGUCCAGUCGAAGAUUCGAUCAAACCGAAUCCUUCCCUUCCUUUGAGGCUGGCUCCCCUAAUCAGCCUCGCGGCACCGAUAUGGAUGGACCACACUAA